UUGAGUCGUCUUUUUUUCUUCUCUGUUUUUUUUUUAAGCAUUUCUUUACUCUCUUUGGUUUUAGAGCCUGGAAAAAAAUUCUUCAAGAGAAGUGAAUUAAUAAAGAAACAGAAUAAUAUGUAUCAUGAAAGGUAUGCCGAGAAUAAUUAUCGAAACCCCUCAAAAACGGUAAUUCAACCAACGGAGGGGCCUUCAAAAGAAGUUGAAGAAGAAAGAGUAAUCGUUGAUGAAAGUGACGAUAUGUCAAGAACAGAAGUAGUGAGAAGGUUAAGAAGCCGCAGCCAACCGAUCACUUUGUUUGGAGAAACUGAGAAGGAAUCUCGCGCUCGUUUAAGGCGUUUAGAAAUUGAACAGCCCGAUAUGAAAGAAGGUUGGAAAAAUGAUUUAAUAUCAGCUAUGAAAGAAGUCGAUCAUGAGCUGGUUGAAGAAGUUGUCAAAGGACAAGUUGACGACGCUGGAAAACAUGAUGUUGAUAUGCCCGAUGACGAAGACUUGUCGUGGGAAAGGAUAGAAGAAAAUGCCUGUCUGUUAGGAGUUGAUGAUAAUCCUAAUAGAGAUUGUGAUAUUUUAAAUCAGUUUUUCUCAUACAUUUUAAAAAGAUGGGGCAGAGCAUUAAACUCUCGAGACGAACUUACAAAAAGGUCGCCUGAGGGUAAGGCUGCGGCGACGAAGCAUAAGCAAACAAUGGAACAUUUGCGACCUCUGCAAAACAUGCUUCAGAAGCACACUGUAAAUGCUGACAUUCGAGAGCAUUUGAUAAAAAUAUGUCGUUUGAUCGUUAUCGAUAGGGAUUACAUUAAGGCAAACAAUGCCUAUAUGGAAAUGGCAAUUGGCAAUGCACCUUGGCCAGUCGGUGUUACUAGGUCUGGGUUACAUCAGAGACCUGGCUCAGCUAAAGCUUACGUAUCUAACAUUGCCCAUGUUUUGAAUGACGAGACACAACGGAAAUAUAUACAGGCGUUCAAAAGGUUGAUGACUUUAUGUCAGAAGUACUUCCCAACGGACCCUAGCAAGUGUGUUGAAUACGUGAAAGGUAACGAUGCAUCGGUGUGA